AUGGCCCGUUAUUUUCGGAAAAGAGCAUUUGACACUAGUCCUGAAAAACACGUGUGCACUUCUACGGAGAAUGCUCUGAUUAAACUAACACAACGCUUUCAUGGUGUCAGCCGGCUAGGAGAAGUUCUUUAUUUGCAAGGACCGUACAUUUCUCUCGAACAGCUGAACGCAGCUGUUGCUCGUCUCCAACGUCGCCAUCCUGCUCUGCGAAGCCGUCUUCGAGCACAUCCGACCAAUCGCGACUGCUUCAUGUUCGAAGAAGACGAAAAGUUACAACUACCUAUCGAAGAACUACCACGCAAGCGCGAGGAACGUAAUCAUUUUUGGUUGCAAGAAUGGCCCAGACGAGAAAAGGACCCCAUCAACAUCGGUGAUCCAAUGGCUAAACUGUGGUUGUUACAAGAUCCGAAUGAUAAAGACGAUCCAAAUGGGUUUCGCGAAGUGGUGCUCAUGUGUGAGCAUUGCAUUUCUGAUGGUCAGUCUAUGAGUAAUGCUGCACAUGAACUGCUGCAGAUCCUCUCGGACAACACCGGACAUGCAUGUGAGCAACCGUUGCCUUGGGGAAUUUCGAUGGAGGCUGCGAUUCGUAACAGUCUGUCGGUUGUUAAUCGAAUUCUCACGCUGAGUCGAUUCUUUUUCUCCACAAUUCAUACACUUAUAGCUAACAGAUUACCUGUCGCAAGAGUGCCCUUCGCCGAAGUUGAUUUCGAUAUCAAUGAGAUGGAUCAUUACUGCCAUACGGAAAUUAUUCACGGCGUGUUGAGCAAAGAAAUGACGGCCAAGUUACUAGUAAAAUGUCGUCAGAAUGGAGUAACGGUGACAUCUGCUGUGACCAGCGCUAUCUUAGCGAUAACGGCUACCUUGAUACAAGUCAGAGAUGGUCGAGAUGCAACCAUGAUCUUUACGCUGAGCGCUGAUACUCGACGACGCUGUAUGCCGCCAGUUCCUAAUCACGAUUUAGCGUACCACGCUUCUGGCAUUGUGCCAUUUAGUCUACCCGUGAGCGCUGCACCCAAAACACCCGAAGAUUUAUGGCAGUUGGCACACACCUAUAGUCGACAUACGAAUGCGUGCGUCAACGCCGGUCAAAUACUCGCAUGUGGUUUGUUCACUGCGAAGGUCUAUGAAAUGUCCCUGAGUCCAAUCCGAGCGGCCUAUAUACCAACAUUUGGUACGUCCAGUUGGGGCGUGCUGCCGUUCGUUGAACAAUACGGUCCAUGGCAGCUCAUAGGCGCGACUCCAUUCUUCAAUCUUCUUCGAGCUCCGUUUCCUUUCACUAUUGUUCAGACAGUCAAUGGUGUCCUGACGAUGAUGUUCGGUAUCGCCUGUCCUCUCAUUCCUGCGAGCACAUUAAUGACAAUUCGCAAUCGAUGCAUGGAUACGCUACAGCAAAUGAUAGACAACUAG